GCUUGGGACCCGCAGGGAUCCCGCUCUGAGCCGAGGAGGAGAGGCGGCCGGGACCAGCAGGGCGGGGCUCUGAGUGGCGAGGCGGGAUCGAGACCCCAGCGGCGGGGCUGUGCAAGCUCUUGUGGCAUUAUCCUUCAGUGGGGCUAUUGGGCUGACUUUCCUCAUGCUGGGAUGUGCCUUAGAGGAUUAUGGCGUUUACUGGCCCCUGUUUGUCCUGAUAUUUCACGCCAUCUCUCCCAUCCCCCAUUUCAUUGCCAAAAGAGCAACAUAUGACUCUGACGCAACAAGUAGCGCCUGUCGGGAGCUGGCAUAUUUUUUCACUACUGGAAUUGUUGUUUCUGCCUUUGGAUUUCCUGUUAUUCUUGCCCGUGUGUCUGUGAUCAAAUGGGGAGCCUGUGGCCUUGUGCUGGCAGGCAAUGCAGUCAUUUUCCUUACAAUUCAAGGUUUUUUCCUUGUAUUUGGAAGAGGAGAUGAUUUUAGCUGGGAGCAGUGGUAGCACUUUAUUCUGAUAAAAUGCAUUUUAUUUCUUAGAAGUCAUACUAUAUGUACUUGUGUGUGCAUGUGGCCUUUUACUAUGAAAUAUCAUAUGCUGUUUUUUUUUUAUACCUUUAUCAUGUUCACUGUAAGGACUGCAUGAGAAAAAGUUUUAUUUCCAGCAAAUAGACCUCUCCAUUUCCUCAAGCUGAAUUAUGUUAUUUGUUGGCUGUUCAUAGGGUCAUGGUGCUCUUGGAUACUAACAUGGUCUUGUAGACAGCUGCUCACUUAACGCCGUGUACCUUUUGCCGGGGGAUGCGCUUGGGUAGGCAGAUAACACUGGAGCAAGUGUCCAUUCUGCCCAGGACUUCCAAGGUGUACCUGUGGCCCAGAGAGACAGAUGUGGCUCCCUCUUUGUGUUGUAGAUCCUUGGCGCGCAAAGUGUGGUCUGCACAGCACCCACCUCACCGGCCAGUAGGUACAGACUCAGAGGCCCCACCAUGGACCUAGUGCAUUUUGGAUGAGACCCCAAGUGAAUAAUUAUAUGCACAUUAAAGUUUGAUAAGUGCUGUCAUAGAGGAAUGAGCAUCACAUCUAGCGUCCCUGUCUUCCCUUUGGCUUACCCACUUAACCUCUCUGGGCAUGAGCUGCGCAUUUGUAAAAAUGGAUUCACCUGCCUUUGUGUUGAUGCCUAAGUUCAGAGGCCCUUUGGUAUUUGCGAAAUGCCCAAAUCUAUAAUCUUGUUCUUCACAUUGUGGAAUUGCUCUCAGUAGGGAGGCACUAUGUCUUCAUACUGUCUGAGAGGCAGUGGCUGUGUGCAUAGUGCUGGGAGAGCAGAAUCACCACAGAGCCCCCCUGGGGUGUACAGAGGGAGGCCAGGCUGGAAGCAGCCCCUGCUCUAGCAUGGUGGGCAAGAGAGGAUAGAUAAUAACUGCUUAAUUUCCCUUUAUAAUCACACACUUCUCCCCAGCUCCUUCUCUGUGAUGCGCUCCAUCUCCACCCCACCAAACACACACACUCCUCGCAGUUCUGUGUUGCCCUUACUUCCUCACGGCUCUGGCUUUUCCAAGGUAGGAGGCGGAGGGCGAGCUGCUUAACUUUAUCCACAUGUUGAUGUGCUUACUGUCCUUCAUGCCUUGUAGGUCUUUUUCUAUGUAUAUAUAAAACACCUUAAGCCACUUUUAAUUAAAUGAACCAUUGGGAAUACGUGUCAUGCUGGGUCCUGUAAUCAAUUUUUCUAGCUCAACUUCUUGUCCAAGAUCUAUUGAGAAAGGGAAAUACGGGAACUAGAACCACUUGGUGAGACUGUAAUGACAUCAAAACACUGAAAUUGUGAAGUUUGGAAUCUGAGGAACUGGCAUAUAUUUUCAUAUUCUGGAAUGAUCCGGGACCAGGAGAAGAGAACAGUGAUAACUAAAAGGACAACGUGCAGUUAUAUUUUGUCCUUGUGCAUGAUUUUAUGUUUUCAAAGAUCUAUGUACAUACAGAAUUAUUGAUUUUGUUUCUGAUAUUUAUACUAGAAAAAUUAUAUAGACACUUUAUAAUUUUAACCAGCAUUUUUAAUAAUACUUGCACUUAUUUUAUUGUAAUAAAUUUCUCUUUUAACAUAAAA